AGAUGUUGGGAUGAGGCCAGAAGACGCAAGAUAAGAGGUUGGAAGUUGAAAGACAAAAUAUUUGAAGAAAUAUAGACUGUGCAGGAGGACAGAUACAUCUGGAAUUUUUCUGAGGAUGAGAAUGCGCUGACAUAGUGAGGAGACGUCUGGGCGUCACAUUCUGCAGACAGAAGUUUUAGCUGGAACAAGUCCUGGCGGCUCCGGAGGAAGCUCCGGCUUCCGGUAAUCUAGAAAUCGUGUCUGUUUCAGAAGAGGAGCUGCCGGUCGUGGACAUUGCCUUCUCUUACUUUAGAUUUUUCCUGACCAAAACUAAAGUGGAUCCUGAAGAAAACAGAUCGGAGAACAGAGAAAGUGAUGGAUCCUCCAAGUGCCAUCUCAUCAUCCCUAUGAAAUAUCUCAUUAUCAUCCUCCUCACCGUGCUGGUUAUUGCCCUGGUGAUUGCUACCGGCCUGAUUGUUCACUACACGUGUCCUGGAAAGAUCCACUGCCAAUCCUCUACAAAAUGUAUCCUGAAGUCCAAACGUUGCGAUGGAGUCUAUGACUGUCCGGAUGGAGACGAUGAACUCAGAUGUGUGCGGUUGAGCGGACGAAGCGGCGUAUUGCAGGCCUAUGUCGCCGGCUCCUGGAGGACCGUCUGUUCUGAUGGAUGGAGGAGUGUGUAUGGGAAUUUCACAUGUAAGCAAUUAGGGUUCUCCAGUUUUGUGAGCACCGGCUCAGUGGCUGUGGCUUUUGUGGAAGAACCAUUUAGACGAGAAUUUGUGUCUAUAAUAAAAUCUUCUAAUCCUGACAUGCGGGAAACACUACUACAGCAGAUCAUACAGGGAAGAGAAUUCUGCUCCUCGGGAAAUGUCAUUACAGUGAAGUGUGUGGUUUGUGGAAAUCGCCCCAGUUAUGUCUCAUCCACCCGUAUCGUGGGAGGGAACAUUUCGGCAGAGGGGCAGUGGCCUUGGCAAGCCAGCCUAACCUUCCAGGGCAUACACCUGUGCGGUGGCUCCCUCAUCAGUCCACAAUGGGUAGUUACAGCUGCACACUGCGUAUACGAGGGACACAUCUCAAACAAUGGACUAUGCUGGGGUCCCCCUCAUAUCAAAUAGAGUCUGUAAUACAAAAUACGUCUAUGGAGGAGUCAUAAAGCCGUCCAUGCUGUGUGCCGGCUUUCUGGAAGGUGGAGUAGAUACCUGUCAGGGGGACAGUGGGGGUCCUUUAGCCUGUGAAGACAGGAAAGUGUGGAAAUUGAUGGGUACCACUAGCUGGGGUAUCGGCUGUGCCAUGAGGUAUAAGCCGGGAGUGUAUACCCGAAUAACCUCCUUCCUGGACUGGAUCCACAUACAGAUGGAGCGCAAUUUAAGGGCAAACUCCACGCAAAACCAGAAAAUUCAAGAGGAACAGCAGGUGACUCCAAUCCUACCCAUUUUUCAACCAGACUCCUUGGAUUAUCACCGUAAGGACGCUAUGCCACCUAUAUGAGAGAAGAGAGGAGGAUGAACUGAGGGCACUCACCAACCUCCUAUUUUGUCUUAUGUUUACAACAAAUAGACUCCAUCAAGAAUAAGGAACCUACCGACCAUUGACCUGUGACCGAGUGACCCUUAUGUCUAUGUAUCGGUGCACUGCGUAGAGGAUAAUAUAUACUAUAUACUCUUCAUAUAGUCAGGAGCUGCAUGUACCACGUAUGCCAACUGGGAACAUGCUAAAGCUGAUUUCGGUUGGACCGACUGGCGACUGGCCAUCUACUGUGUAUGGUGACCUCUUGAUGGUGCAGUUGUAGGGGUAUUCCAGGAAAAAAACUUUAUUUUUAUUUUUAUAUCAACUAGUUCCAGAAAGUUAAACAGAUUUGUAAAUUAUUUCUAUUAAAAAAUUGUAA